GAUGCCAGGGCAAGAUCGCGCACUUGUCCCCCACUGAACAGGUUGGAGGGAAGUCAGCCCGCUGCUUUGGGUCCAGCUGUCCCAAACAACGAGGUGACGAGGCCACCACAGGCAAGUCUGCUUGGGCGACUUCUGCGCGCGAACCAGGAUGCAGUAUCAACACCUUUGCAGAUGACACUGCCGAAGUCCCCGAGGCUGAAGCGCCCGGCACGCGAAGUGCCAGCGGCACCGGAGAAAGAACCGGCAGAGGCCUCUUCUGUGCCUUCGCGCAAUGCCUCCUUGCUGUCUAAGAAGACGCCACGCACCGCGCGAGAUGUGCCUGAGGAGAAGCAGAAGGAUAAUGAGAAGGGCUUGGCCGGCCCGUUGCGGAAAGCGCCGUCAAAGCCCCUGAAGCCUGCACGUGCUUCCUGCGAUGUGCGGGAUGAGACGGAGAAGACUGCCGAGAAGGCUGCGGCUCCAGCCGCCGCCGCUGCCGCCGCUUCGGACGAGGCACCGCCGAGCACAACGAAGCCUGCAGUUGCUGUGAGCGAUGGGUCAGAGGAGUCAGAGAAGAGCGAUGAGCAG